AUGCCUCGUGCAGGCGCUGGCAGCGCCGGCUGCGGUGUAUUUAGCGGAGCGGGGGGACCGCGUCGCGAUUAUCGGCGCGGGGGCGGUGGCGUGGGGUGUGGCAACUGCUGCGGUUGGCAUGGCAUCGACCUACUGGGGGGUGAGCGCAAGGGGGGGCGGAGGGCGGAGAGGACGGGAGAGAGGACGGGGCAGAGGGCGGGGGAGAGGACGGGGAGAGGACGGGGCAGAGGGCAGGGAGAGAAGGGAGGUGGUGAGGAGGGUGAGAAGAAAGGCAUCACAUGGUUUGGAGCGACUUGUCCUGCAUGCUCUCUUUCCUCCUCACCAGCCCAUUCUCCCCUCCACGCCGCAUGUCCCCUUCUCACUCCCACCCUUUUGAGAGCCCUCAAAAGUGAUUCCAGUAAUGCCUCCACCUUCUUUCUUGCAUUCCCUCCCUCUCCUUCCCAUCCCCCCUCUUUCCGCCUCUCUCCCCCUCAUCUUCACCAUCCCCUCCUCCCAAUCACCCCUCCCUCCCUCCCUCCCUCCCUCCCUCCCCGUCCCUGCUCCCCCCUCCCCCAGGUGGCCAUAGCGCGAGCAGCGAGUGGCAUCGGUCUCGCCCUAGUCCUCCCCUGCAUCCAGUCCCUCCUCGCGGACCUCUCACCAGAGCACAACAGAGGCGCAGCCUUUGGUGUCUUCCAGGCGUCCUCCCACAUGGGCUUGCUGCUGGGGGCCGUGGCCGCGUCUGCUCUCGCUGGCCGGGCUUUGCUAGGGCUGCCGGGGUGGCGGGCGGCGUUCCAUCUCGUGGCUCUGCUCAGUGUUGUGUUCGGCCUGCUGCUGCUCUCCCUCUCCUCCUCCUCCUCAUCCUCAUCUUCCUCUGCCGCCUCCUCUGCUGCUUCCCCAUCAACCUUCUCCUUUUCCUUCUCCACCUCCUCCUCCUCGCGGCCCUCCUCUUCGUUUGUCCCGUCUGCUCUGGGGCUGUUCUCCCGUCCCUCCCACACGUCACACUCCGCCGCUGCCUCUGCCGCUGCCUCUGCUUCCGAUUCGCUCCCAGUCUCCGCUGUAGCGGCUUCUGCAGGUGCUGCACCUGCAGCAGAAGGAAGAAGCACCGCGGAAGCAUGGAUCUCUGCUGUGUCUAGAGCGGAUCCUACGCCCGGGGUGUGGAGGAACGAGCCUCUCUCCUCGGCUGUGGACGAUCUAUGGCAGAAGCUGCGCCACGUGGCGUCCAUCCGCACGUGCCAGCUCAUCAUGCUCCAGGGUGUGGUCAGCCAGGCCCCAUGGAGCGCGCUGCUCUUCCUGUCCAUGUGGCUUGAGCUCAUUGGCUUUGACCCAUCGCGAGCAGCAGAGCUGGUGGGUGGCUGGGUUCCCUUGCACCUCCACCCAACUCAAUGUACCCUCCACACGAUGCCACCCACCAGCACAUGCCUCCCACUCUCCCACCCCACCUCCACCCCACAUUCCGCCAACACCCCUGCACCCGCUCCCCAGGUAUCCCUCCUUUCUCUGGGCUUUCUUCUGGGCUCUCUCACAGCAGGCUGGGUGGGCGACAGGGCAUCUCAGCACAUCCCGCACCUGGGCCUGGGGCGCAUUCUCACCGCACGCACUGCUCUUCUGUCUAAUUGGGUUUGCAGCUUCCUGGCCGCUUCCCUCCUGCAACCUUCCCAUGCUCUCAGAGCCGUGUUAGGAGGGCCAGCAGUGGGGCUGACAGCCCUUGAGGUACCCCCAAAAGCUGCUCCUUUCUUCCCCUUCUUCCUCCCUCCCCCUCUCCAGGUGGUGCCGUCUCGCCUGCGCACCACAGCCUAUGCAGCAGACAUCGGCACUAGGGCGUCUAUCAACCGCUUUUGGAGAGCCAGCACCUAUGCAGCAGACAUGGCACUAGGGCGUCUAUCAGCCGCAUUCGGAGGGCCAGCAGUGGGGCUAGCAGCCAUUCACCUGUACGGAUUCUCCACUACUGCUGCUUCCGCCGCCUUGGCUGGUCGUUCCGGGGUGGCCUUAGCUGCUGCUACUUCCGCUCUCGAAGCCACUGGGUCUGCUUCAUCCGCUGCAGCGGCAGGAGCAGCAGCAGCCACAGCAGGUGGGGUGGAAGCAGGGGUGGUAGGGGAUGUACUGGGAGCAGGUGGGGCAGGCUUUACAGGUCUGGCAGCUUCAGCAGCAGCAGCUGCUGCUGCAAAUGCAAAGGCGUUAGCCAAGGGCUUGUUUCUGGCGAUAGCGGUUCCGUAUGCGGUGAAUGUGAUGCUGAUUGCUGCCUGCUUCUGGGCAUAUCCCGAGGACCGGAAGCAUGCGUCGGUGGCCAAUUGGGUGGAUGCCUCUAGUGGGGCUGGUGCAAGCAGUGCUGGUGGUGGUGGUGGUGGUGUUCCUGCUGGUGCUGAGUCUGGUGAUGCUGAUGUGACAAGGACGGAAGGCAGGAAGGCUGGCAAGGCCGGGAAGGGUGAGAUGGCAGACAAGGGGGAACAUUGUGAGGUCUAUGUGCGUGACGGUGUGGGUGGUGGUGCUACGCGGCAAGGGAGACCAGAGCAUUAUCAGCAACUGGAGAUGCAGCUACAACAGCAGAGGCUACGGAGGAAAAUGGCACUUGAGCCAGGGUCGAACGAGAUGGAAACGGAAUCGAGACCAUUAUUACGACCUCCCAAUGUGUAA